AUGCAGCCAUCAAACACGUCCCAUCUCCCAGACGGAUCUGUGGUAUUGCGACCUAAAGAGAAGAGACGGAGACGUGGAUUGCCCAAGGUAUCGACUGGCUGCAUAACGUGCAAGAAGCGACAUGUCAAAUGUGACGAGGUGAAGCCUUUGUGCCUGAGAUGUCAAAGACUCGGCUUUGUCUGUGACGGGUACGAGUUGAAGCCCACCAAGACAAAGCCGGCUGCCGUGCGCCGAGACUUGCUUCCUAAGCCCGGUCAAGCUACGACAAGAUCAUAUCCAGUCAUUUUGCCAGCCGUCCGCCGUGAAGUGCCUCCCAAAGAAGCGGAUACCAAACAUGCAAGAGAUUCCGCAAGUUCAUUCUUCAGCGUCCCAGCAGCGAUUUCCUCCAGUCCUCCAACGAACCCUGAAGAACUCCAGUAUUUUCAGUACUUCAAGCAAGAGUCCGUCAACGAGCUCUCUGGUGGUUGGAACGAACCUUUAUGGCAGACCUAUCUACUCCAGGCAUGCCACGAAGCACCCUUUAUUUACAACAUGGCCUUAACGCUGGCUGCGCAAGGACGAUCUGAGCGAUUGAGAAGGAGCACAUAUAUUCCAGAUACAAGUCACCACCAUGAGGUGUACUCUCUGAAGCAGUACCAAAGCUCACUUAGGGACAUACGAAAGUACCUGGCAUCCGAAAACCAGCCAGAUGUGAGAAUGUUCUUACUUGCAAGCCUUCUUAUCUUCAUAUUCGAAUUUAAACAAGGAAACAUCGACACCGCCGUCAAGCAAGUACGAUCCACUCUAGCGCUGUUCAAGAAUAUGCGAUCGAUAAAAGCUCCAGUGAUUGUCUACGAUCAUGAUAUCCGAUGUCCAGAGACAUUGGAGGAAGUCAUCAUCGACAUGAUUGCCCGGCUCGAUAAACAAGGAUUCUUAAUCCAGGCUAAACAAACUAGCAACAGCAAUAACAAAGUUGCGGUAAAGACAGUCCUCGGGAUGAUUCAUAGAUCACCAGAUUCUAUCGCUGUCCCAAACGACUUUCCGAAUGUCUUCACUGCACGGAGGUAUAUCAGCUUUCUGCAGUAUUGGGGUCGACCAAACUUCGCCAACGACGCCAUCAAGCACGCUCUACGAGAAAUAGAUCGACUUCGCGGCAAGGAGGUUGAUGGAUCGGAUCUCGGGAGAUUGGUCCCCGCUCAGGAGUUUUUUGACCGCUUCGUUGAGACCAAGCAGUGGCACGUUGCCAUGGACAAGCUGCUUGAGCGUCUCCAACCACACCGCAACUCGGAGUACAGAUGUGCUCUGUCGGUCAAGAUCCAGGGCUUAGCCACUUUACUCGUCAUGGCAUGCGAAGUUGGAUUUCGCAUCGAGACAAGCACGAAUCUAGCCCUGGAGGAAGUGCUGAUCAAAUACGGCAGCGUUCGAGGUCUCUGUGAGGAAAUGCUGCACCUAAGCGGGCUGGUUGUUCACGACCCGGAAUUCCUGAGGUGCUACGUUUUCGACUUCGGGAUUAUCAUGUGUAUAUUUAUUAUCCUGUUUGCGACAGUGGACCGCGAUCUUGAGGAUCAAACUGUGGGAAUCUUGAAAGCCAUGAGGCCGAGGAAAGAAGGGGUCUGGGAUAGCUGUGUCAUGGCGGGGGUAGCCGAGAUGAUUGUUCACAGCAGAUCGUUAGCAACAGUUGUGUAG